GUUCCUUUGGAGUGGGUAUCGCUUAUACUUCGCGUGCCAUUUAUGCUGCUUCUUGGAGACCUACGGCAAGGUGCCUUCUACGGAGUCCUUUUUGCAUUCUGGUUAAUCUUUGCCGGUGAACAUUUGAUUGACGAUACAACAAGAAACAACAUUGCAUCAUAUCGCUUUAACCUUUUCUUCAUUGCGGUGGCGUCUUCAUUGCUGUUAAUCUACGAUAUAUGUGAGCGAGGUUUCCAGCUGAGCAAUCCUUUCUAUAGCAUAUGGUCCAGCGAGGCAGGAUCUGUAGUCGCUAAAUUUUCCGUCUACGCGGCAUCGUUGUGCACAAUUAUAUACUUUGUGUUUUUGUUUGGUAAGAUAUGGAAGGUUUGGUUCACGAUCAAAAGCAAACGCUCCGCGCAACUGUACAGAGAAUGCGAAAAUAGACGCUUGAAGGUAACUGGGACAUCAUCACACCUUUAA